AAGAGGACAUGCCGAAGACGUGGUUGGAGGCCAGUUUGGACAAGAAGAAGGAGAAGGAUGUGCCCACACCACCAUGUUGGUGUGGUGAUGUUUGCAAGCUGAAGGUGUCCACUGACCGCAACAAGUCAUGGACAGAAGGUAGAAGGUUUUUCGUGUGUCCCAACUAUGCACAUGAUCGUCGAAGGCCAACUAACGCAUAUGACAUACCACCGUCCCCUCCUCCACUUUGCAAGUACUUCACUUGGAUAGAUCACGAGGUACCAAAAGAUAUCCAAGAGGACCAACGUGCAGAUUGGUUACGGAGGCAGCGCCUAUUCGAGGAGUCCUAUGCACGGGGAUUGGAGCGGGAGCGUCGUGAGAAGGAGGCUCGUGAGCGCAAGAAGCGUGAGCAAGAGAGGGCACGCAAAGAGAAGGCGGCUCGUCAAGAAGAGAGGGCAAGCAAACUUGCAAGGGCUCGCGAUGCACGAGAGGAGGACGAGGCACGUGACAAGAAGGGAAAGUGGCCCCGGACUACUCAGUAGACAAAUGGAAAGGCACCG